AUGUACCAUGUUCCUGAAAUGAGGUUACAUUAUCCCCUGGUGAACACUCAAUCCAACGCUGCGAUAACACCCACUAGAAAUUACGACAAUACUCUUCCUUCGUUCAACGAGUUGUCCCAUCAAAACACGAUCAAUCUCCCAUUCAUCCAGCGCAAAACUCCAAACGCAUAUGCAAACGUUGCUCAAUUAGCCACGUCACCAACUCCGGCUAAAUCUGGGUAUUACUGUCGCUAUUAUGCUGUUCCUUUCCCCGCCUACCCACAGCAACCACCGUCUCCAUACCAACAAGCUAUGCUUCCUUAUGCAACUAUUCCUGGCAACAAUUUCCAGCCAUCCCCCUUUCCCAUGAUGGCCGUGAUGUCUCCAGAAGUUCAAUUUGAUGGAUCAUAUUUGAAUUCCUUGCAUGCACAUACAGAAUUACCCCCAAUCAUGCAAGGUUCUAAUGAUGUUCAUAACACACGUCAAAAUGCCCUUACACCAAUGGCGAAGGCGACUGCGACUGCAAUGACAAAAAUGCCUGGAUUUAGUUCCACCUCCGUUCUCAAACCACGUGUGAUAACAACAAUGUGGGAAGAUGAAAGUACUAUCUGCUAUCAAGUCGAGGCAAACGGUAUAUCCGUUGUACGCAGGGCGGAUAACAACAUGAUUAACGGUACCAAGUUGUUGAACGUCACAAAAAUGACAAGGGGAAGAAGAGAUGGGAUAUUAAGAUCUGAGAAAGUUAGAGAAGUCGUCAAGAUUGGCUCCAUGCACCUCAAAGGUGUCUGGAUCCCUUUCGAAAGAGCAUACAUCCUGGCUCAACGUGAACAAAUUUUAGAUCAUAUGUAUCCUCUUUUCGUUAAAGAUAUCGAAUCAAUGGUUGAUGCCAGCAAAGCCACUGACAAAAUUCUAACUCCUGAAUCCAAUCCUUGCUCUAUCAAGCAAGAGUUAUCUGAAGGCAAGGACGAGUUUGCUACCGAAAUAAAACUGAAGGGUAGUGAAGACUUGUUGAAUGGAGUAUCUAAUCACAUUGGGAGUGAGCUGACCCAAUUGAAAAUUAACGAUUUUGAUACUGAGGCUCAAACUAGCAGAGCAAAGAAUGAACUAUCCUAA